ACGCAGCAGUGCCUGUUCCUUGCACAUGCGAUGGGAAACCUGUCACGUACAGCCACUCCUCCCGGAGCGACCCGACCCAGCUCCUUAGGAAUAAGUAUAACAAAGCGGAGGCAAACACAUAGCUAGCUACCGCAGGGAAGUGUAAAUUGCAAACGGGCACCAGUUCAGCUCCGGGUGGAUACACAACUUAACACUGUCGGAGCAAUAGAUGUUUUUAGGGGUAUAGCCACAGCAAAAAGUUGUAGAUGGUGGUGUUUUAUUUCGUCCUGUGUUGUGCUCACGCAGCUGUCUGGAAACGCCACGUUUUAGGACGGCGCGUGCAAGAGGUGCGUGUCCCAUGUAAGUAAAAGGAGACCGUUCCUUCGGACGGAUAUCGGCAAGUAUCACAUUGAUGGCUUCGGCGGAAGAACAACAAACACACUCCCAGGCUGAAGAGGAGCACAUUAGUGAGCCGAGUUUUUUGUCAUUGCUGCACGAGGAAAGCAUGCUGCAAACGCGUCGGUUGCAAUAACUUUUUUCGGACAAAAGAGGAAGUUUCAAGUCUGCAAUGAAAUAUGAAUGUUACCAGCUAGUUUGAUAGUUAUACUUUACUUGCAACCAGUGACAAGAAUUUAGCUUUUUUCGCAGAUCGAAUGUACCAGUUAGCCGUGCCUGCUAUCUGAAAUUGCUGAAAUUCAGCAAUAAUAGGCAUUAAUACCCGUGUUUGUUCGCCCGCGAAUUAAAACCGAUAUGGAGGUUAUGAACAGUCAGGAUGACAAAGGGAAUAAUCCCUCGAAGCCAGAUAAAAGAUUUAGCCUUUGUUACAUGGGAUGGUCUUCGUUGGACAGACGGACUACGCUGCCCAUGCUACCGUGGCUGGUGGCAGAGAUUCGCAGGAGAAGCGAGAAGAACGAGACGGGACCCGUCCAGGCCAGGGAAGUUGAACUGAUUCUCAUGCCUCCCCUCAUUCGAUGUGUCCCUGCAAAUAACAGCAACGCGUCCGUUUUCAUCUUCGAGCAUAAAGCUCAGUUCAUCUCACGGUUCAUUCACAACAGCCAUGACCUCACCUAUUUUGCCUACCUUAUCAGGAGUCAGCCUGACAACCCGGAGUCGGAAAUGGCUUGCCAUGUUUUCAAGGCGUGCGAUCCCAACCAGGUUCCGGAGGUCAUCAGCAGCAUCCGGCAGGUGUCGAAGGCUGCCCUCAAGGAGGACUCCAAGCCCAAGCAGGAGGCUGACGAGGCCUUCUACAACUCACAGAAGUUUGAGGUCCUGUACUGCGGUAAAGUCACCGUGGCGCACAAGAAAGCCCCCUCCACCCUGAUCGACGACUGCAUCGACAAGUUCCGGCAGCAUGAGGAGGAGCGCAGGCGGCCGCGCCCGCUCAACGGGCAGCGCACCCCCGGGGACCCGCCCGUGGAGUUCAUCGUGGGGGACGGGGACCCCCUCACCUCCGCGCUGCUCGGCAGGCUGGACCAGGAGAGCGUGGCGGGGCCGGAGGAGGGCAGCGACGGGGGCAACGGGGGCAACGGGGGCAAGGGCAUCUCCAGCAGCCCCAGCCUGGGCAGCUUCCGCGCGUCCUUCCCAGAAUGCAUCCUGGAGGACUCCGGGUGGGAGGAGCAGCAGGAGUUCCGCACCAGGUGCAACAGCCUGGUGGGCGGCCUCCAGAGGAGGCCGAGGGAGGGCAGCCUGAAGGCGCCGGUGCGAAGGAGGCAUUCCAGCGCUCCCAGCCACGUGCAGCCCACCGACGCGGAGAAGAACCGCACCAUGCUCUUCCAGGUUGGACGCUUUGAAGUGAACCUCAUUAGCCCUGACAGCAAAACGGUAGUGCUGGAAAAGAAUUUCAAAGACAUUUCCUCCUGUUCUCAGGGCAUAAAACAGACGGACCACUUUGGGUUCAUCUGCCGUGACCCUGUGGAGUCCGGCUCAAGCCAGUAUGUGUGCUACGUGUUCCAGUGUGCCAGUGAGUCUCUGGUGGAUGAGGUGAUGCUCACCCUUAAGCAGGCCUUCAGCACGGCAGCAGCGCUGCAGAGCGCCAAGACUCAGGUGAAGCUUUGCGAGGCCUGCCCCAUGCACGACCUGCACAAACUCUGCGAGCGAAUUGAGGGUCUUUACCCACCCAGGGCAAAGCUCGCUAUUCAGCGACAUCUCUCUCAGCUCUCCGAUAAUGAACAGGCGGACAUUUUUGAACGGGUUCAGAAGAUGAAGCCCGGGACUGAUCAGGAGGAGAACGAGCUGGUCAUACUGCACCUCAGGCAGCUGUGUGAGACUAAGCAGAAGGCCCACCUCCAUAUUGGAGAAACUCCUCAGAAUGCUCCAAACAACACAACAUCAGAAAACUCCACAACUGGCGGCCGCUUUAAGCUGGACAUCCUGAAGAACAAAGCCCGCAGCUCCCUGACCAGCUCCCUAGAAAAUAUAUUCUCCAGGGGAGCUAACCGAAUGCGAGGCCGUUUGGGCAGUAUGGGCAGCAUGGGAAGCUUUGAGCGCGACGACUCUCCCAGCGACUCUCCGCCCGGUACACCCCCAGGCACCUUCGCUGAGGAAGACCCGGACGCCCCGCAGUUCCGCCGGCGCGCCCACACUUUCAGUCACCCACCAGUCAAGAAGAGGAUCUCCUUCAACGAGCCGCAGUCCCAGAACACCAAGGCCCCACUCCGCAGACAGCAGUCUGUGGCCCCAGAGCUGCUUCAAAGCAGCCCCGUCACCAUCUCGAGAAAACGCAGUGUUUCAGAGAGCGAGUCCUCCUUCAGCCUCCCCUCCUCCUUCUCAGCACCCAAUUUCCUGAAAAACAUUUACCAGGGUUCUCUGGGCUCUCUGAGCUCACUUGGCGACAGCGGGACCCCCAAGAGUAAUGGAGAUGGCAGGAAGAGGACCCUCUCAGGGUGCAGCAGCGACUCCCUGAUUCCCCCUCUCACACCCCGCCGAGUCUCCUGGCGUCAGAAGAUCUUCCUGCGGGUGGCUUCACCCAUGAACAAGCCCCCUGCAUCCAUGCAGCAUCCAGAUGGCCUGGAUGGGAGGGAACUGCUGCCCCUCUCCCCAAGAGCCUCAAUCCAGGACCAGGACCCCCUGGCCAGCCUGCUGCCCCCCGAUCAGCCUCCCUCAGGAGAGCGACCCCGUCGCACCCCAGCUGAGUACCGGGCCCUGUGGAAGAAAGCCAUCCACCAGCAGAUCCUGCUGCUUCGCAUGGAAAAGGAGAACCAGCGCCUGGAGGCCAGCAGAGAUGAGCUGCACAUCCGGAAGAUGAAGCUGGACUACCAGGAGGUGGGCGAGUGCCCCAAGGACGUCCAGGCCCUGUGGGAGAAGAAGCUCAGCGUCCCAGGCCGAGCCAAGGUCCAGUGGGACAAGGAGGAGCUUCACACCGCCCUCUACCAGGGAGUCCCUAAAAGUCGGCGUGGGGAGAUUUGGCAGCUCCUUUCCCAGCAGCAUCGGCUGCGUCACCGUCUCCCCAGCAGACAGCAGCCGCCGGACACCUCCUACCAGGACCUGCUCAAGCAGCUGACUGCACAGCAGCACGCCAUCCUGGUCGAUCUGGGAAGGACCUUCCCCACGCACCAGUACUUCUCUGCGCAGCUCGGGGCGGGGCAGCUGUCUCUUUAUAACCUCUUGAAGGCCUACUCCCUGCUGGACACGGAGGUGGGCUACUGCCAGGGCAUCAGCUUCGUGGCUGGGAUCCUGCUGCUGCACAUGAGCGAGGAGCAGGCCUUCGACAUGCUCAAGUUCCUCAUGUACGACCUGGGCUUCCGCAGGCAGUACCGGCCAGACAUGAUCUCCCUCCAGAUCCAGAUGUACCAGUUGUCCCGACUGCUGCACGACUACCACCGCGACCUGUACAACCACCUGGAGGAGCAUGAGAUCUGCCCCAGCCUGUACGCCGCCCCCUGGUUCCUCACGCUCUUUGCCUCUCAGUUCCCCCUGGGGUUCGUGGCCCGUGUGUUUGAUAUCCUGUUUGUCCAGGGAACUGAGGUGAUCUUCAAGGUAGCACUGUGUCUGCUGAGUAGUCACGAGGGCGAGAUUGUGGAGUGUGACAGCUUUGAGACUGUGGUGGACUACAUGAAAACCACCAUCCCCAGCCUGACCCAAGCCCAGAUGGAGCAGAUCAUUGCUCAGGUGUUGGAAAUGGACAUUUCCAAGCAGCUGCACGCCUAUGAGGUGGAGUACCAUGUUCUACAGGACGAGAUGCUAGAGGCUGCACCUCUUCCUGAUGAUUCUGACCGUUUAGACAAGCUGGAGAAGACCAACGCCCAGCUGAAGAAGCAGAACAUGGACCUGCUGGAGAAGCUCCAGGCCGCCCGGGUUAAGAUCCAGAGCCUGGAGAUGAACGUGGAGAACUUCCUGUCGCGGGAGAGCAAGAUGAAGCACAUGAUCCGCUCCCUGGAGCAGGAGAAGGCCUCGUACCAGAAGACCAUUGAGCGCAUGCGAAGCUGCCUGCCCUCGGACGCCCUGUCCGAUGUGGAGCUGACCCAGAUCAAGCCUGGCUCCAACGGCAAAUCCAAGGGAACCAAAAAGCCAUGACGCAUGACGAGGGGUGGGAGGACAAGCCCGAUUUGCUCGUCCUCAUGGGACGGAUAGAUUUUUGUUUUUUUCUUUUCUUCUAAAAGUUGGCUAAAAAAACUGUCUUUUAUUUGGAGUGGCCUUAACAUUGUUGGCCUAGGACUUUCUGAAAGUGAAGUGUCCUUGGCUUGGUAAAGCUCACCACCUCUGUUCUCUCUGUAGAAAAUGGUUGGGAGCAGAGCUGUCAAGUGGUGCUGUAGAGCUUUGCUGUGUAUCCUGCAUCCUCUGUAGUGCUUCAGGGACAGAGAUGGAGGGCUGGCUCUCCAGUGUUGGGGGUUCGCUCUGUGACAGAUGAGAGAUCUCCACCCCGGAAGCCUUCCCUCCAGGUGCACCCAUGCCCUCAACUAUGCUUUGCCAAAGUCUGUGGUUGAGGCACCUCACAUUCACCUCUAUGUGAAUGACUCAAAACAAACCUGGUCUAUGUUGCCAUGUCCACAUGCUUUAUGCUUUACCCUGUGUAGCAAGGGGAAAAAAUAAACAAAAAAAUGUGUGUAUCGAAAAAAAUAUACUUGAAAUUAAGAAGAAUGUAUCCUCCUUCCAAAGAAACAGCAUGAUUCAAGUCUGUGUUGUGGGGGAAAAACAAAAUAGCAGACAUUGUGUGUGAAUAUUUUGCGUGUUGUGUUGAACCACACAAAGGCUUUACUCAUAGUGCUGAAUGUUUUCUCAGUUUGUCCUUCCGCAGUAAGGUGUGACAAAGGGAGAGCUGCUGCCGCAGCUCGGCAGCGGAACCAAACGCAGCAGCCGUAGCGCUCACAGGAAGCGCUACACCUAACGUUCUCACAGGGUGCAAGACUGUCUGCCCGCGAGUUUCCUGUGCGACUGACCGCAGCGUCUGCGAGGCCUGCCGUCUGACCGGUAACCUGCUCUUGUUAACUCUCACACAGGAUGAGCUGUGAUCCUGCUGUGUUAAAAUAAAGUUCCGUAGCUGCUUCAUAGGUAGUGCUGUCAUGUCGAGGCAGGACGGAGAGAUUUCGCGGCCAUGGCGCGCCGGCGACAUUUCUCACUGCCGUUCCCCUGGUGCACGCAGCGCAGUGGCUGCCUCAAGUGGGUCUGUGAGAAAAGAAGACACAGGAAAUGACUGAGCGUGAAGGCGGUCCCCGCUGUCACUUCUGCUGGAGUGGAGACGGAUCACUGUUCCGCGCGGAGAGUAGGCCGGCCUGGAAGCCUGUCGUUUUCAUCAUGUUACAAAUGAUCCUUCUCUAGCUUUUCUUAUGUUUUUAUCUUGUACAUACAUUUACCAUGUUUUUUUUAAGGAUCUUUGGUUUAAGUUACAGACAAGCACUCCAUCCAAAUUUCAGUGGUGUUUAUUUGUGAGCUGUUUUACCAAGUUUGUUAAUGGAAAUGGGACAAAAAGCUAGCACAGCUUUUGCAACUGAGUGGUGUAAUAUGCUGAUUUUUCCUUUUUCUGUAGUACUUAAAUCCUUUCUGAAACAUGGGUCAAAGUUGAAUCAUAAUAAUAUCUGUAUAUAAAGGAUCCCGAUUACUUUGAUUUGUCAUAUGUAUGCUUUAAUUCCGUGAGUACUGACUGCCUUCAAAUCUGAGUUCAGUUGGUAUGUUAAUGGUUAGUGGUAAAGAAUUGCAUGAAGCUCAGUGCGAUUGCAAUGUACUGUUCACGACAUAUUCACGAUGUAACUUGUUACAUCACUUGUCAUUCAGGUAAAAUGAUGAAUCAAAGCAAAAUCUUGGCCAUGGUCUAGUCACAUUUAAGAGGAAUGUCCAGUGACAUUUGUUGCCAUUCCUUAAAAUAUGGCUCAUUCUAUGAAGAAUGUAUUCUGAAACAGAGACUAGAGUGGAACUCUGCAGGGUGCAUACCUCCAGACAGAUGAAAUGACAUAAUUUGUUUUCCUAUUGGCAAUCAUUUCGCCAAAUUUCUUCCAAAUCCGUCCACUAACUUUUUUAUGUAUGCUAUUCAUAGACAGAGGUGAAUUACAACCUCUGCUCCACUGAUCAGCAGAGGAUGAAACAAUAGAUUUAGUAGCAACUAUACAAGAAAUCCAGUUUUUGUGUUACUAAUUAGGGUAAAUCAUAUUCAUGUGUACAUAGUGCACAUAUGCAAAGUUGUACUGUAUGGAGGAUGUCUAGCUUUCUUUUGAACUGAUUUUUUAUUUUACCAAGUUGUCCUACAGAAAGUGUACCUAUAUAACAUACCAAUUUAAUUUUCAUUUUAGUAUGCGUCAAACUAGUUACAAGUUCUGUUGGAAAGCAGUACAGUCAUAAUUAUUCAGGCUUCAUUUUUCUUGUUUGAAAGAUUCAAGGGACCUCAGUUUGAACGAUUGCAACUCAUUUGAAUGAUCAGCCACUUCUGGAAAGGCAUGGAGAUCAAUUUCGUGAAAGAUAGUUCUGCAGUAGAUUCACAACGGGCCAUCUCAGCAGACUUGCAAUUGCCUCGCAUUGACAUGUAUCAGGAGCUUUACACUAAAUAUUGGUUUUCAUAAUUGCCAGUAAAAACCACAAUGAAUGCAUCACAAUAAGUUCUUACAGAAUAUAGAGAUGUGUGCAUAGAGGUCACUGAAAGAUGGUCAUUCUCUAUUAAAUUUCAGGUUUUCAUUUAAGUGACUCAAACGUGAUCUUACAAAUAUUCAUAUCUGGAAGUCUGUGUAGUAUAAAUAGUUUGCACCAUUCUAUGUUGUUUAACAUAGAAACAAAAAACAGAUCACAAUUUCAAGUCUGGUUUUCAUCGAAUUCAUUUUUUUUUUUUUUGUUCGGUGACAAAGUGCCAAAGGCAGCAGACUGGGGGUUACUUCUGCUCUAAGUGUGAAAUGGUAAAUUUUCUGUUUUUGCCUUCCUGGAGUAAGGGGUGAGUACAGCAAGGCUAAGCAGUAUCUGUGUUAAUUUCACUUUCGGCUCCCUGAGCAUCGGUUCUGCUGUAGUUAUCCCUGUUUCUGUGUUGUCUUGCACAUUACGUAUAGCAACAAUCAUCCGAGUAUCACCUAAAAAAAAUAACUGUUGACUGAUUGUACAGGUCAUGUACGGAUGUACAGGCAGUUGACUCUUUAGUAUAUGAUGCACAGGAAACAUUGCCAGAAAUAAAUUGUUGCACAAAAAAAAACAAUAAAAUAAAGUUGAA